AUGCGCAGGUUACCAACAAUCUCAAUAUUUGCUGCCUUGCCAGCGCGACCAAGUCCAUCAUGCUCCCCUUUCGCCAUUACAAGCAGACUCCAACCGCAUCUCCGCUCCGCAUUUAACCCCAACCCGCAAAUACCAACCAUCUAUAGACCCUUCUCGCACACACCUACUAUCUCAAACUCCAACUCCCCCUUCCGCCUCUCCUCCACGCCCCAAUCCACACCACCACCACCACCACCCACCGACCCGGACUCCGAAUUCCCAGAUAAUGACGGCGAAUACUACAGCCCCUACAAGCCAAAGCGCCAAUGGCCACCAGAUAUGUCCAAACUAUCCCCGAAACACCAGUUCCGGCUUGAGCGCAAAUACCGCCGGCGCGCGGCGCUCAAGUACGCGCGCCCGACGUGGUCCAAGGCGACUAGGUUGGUGCAGUGGGGGACUAUUGGGUUCGUUAUUUUAUACGCCCUAUUGUUCAUGGAGUGGGAUGAGAGAGGCGGGAAGCCAAUCGAGGAGUUCCGUGAAUAUAUCUUCGGUACCUUGAAGGGAGCAUUCUCGGCUCCUCCAUCUCAAGUGUCUAUGAGGCGUUCGGAGGAUUCAACGCGGGAGUCAGAUUCUUAG